AUGGGGAAAGAACAUAAAAAGCACAAGAAACAUAAACAUUCAAAACACAAGUCCAAAGACGAGGGAUAUUAUGUUCCGGUCGUUCCACUGAAGAGCAGUGUAACGCGUAAACCAGUGAUACCUACCAAAGAAUCAAAUGAUCCUAAAUCCAUCGGGCCGUGUUUGCCGGCAAACCUCAAUGACACCAAAUCCAUUGGUCCUUCUCUGCCGACAAAACAGUACGACGAAAAACCAAAUGCGUCCAGUGCAAACCAAAGUAAUGAAAAAAACGACUCAUAUGGACCCAGUUUACCGCCUCACUUAGUACAACAGAAACGAAUGCCCGGCCCAUCGUUACCAGCUAAUUUCAAAAUAGAUGAAAAAACCGAGACUGUAGAUGAUGGCAUAUUGGGUUUUGGUCCCUUGCCAGCAGAGCUAAUUACUUCGGACAAAGAACAACAGUUUGUUCAAAAACAAUUAGAAUUGAGGGCCGAAUACAUGAAAAGAAAAUUUGCUGGAGAAGUUUGUAUUUCCAUACAUUUUAUUUUCUUUAGAUAAUAUUUGUGGUUGAAUGAACAAUGACUACCUAUUUGAAUUAAACUAGGUACGCUUUUCAUUCUCUGUAGGUAUACAAUGAGAACAAACAACAGACAACUCGAGAAAAAUGGAUGUUGGAAUUGCCUCCUGAAAAAGCUGCGAAUCUAGGUUUAGGUGCAAGGCAGUUUAGGAAACGAGAAGGUCCGGACAUGGAUAAACGCUCAGAAUGGACAGAUACACCGACCGACAAGCAACGCAAAGCUCAGGAACCACAAGCACUUGAAGUGUCAGAUAUAGAUACAUUGAAGCAGGUCGCUAUUCACAAACGUGACAGUCAAAUGGAAAUACUGGCAGAGACUUCAGAAAAACGAAAGCCAUAUUCGUUAUUAGAAAUGCACCAAGAAAAAUUAAAAAAAGAAAAAAAAGUAAAUAUAGUAAAAUACUAAUGUUUGAAUAGUAAAUGAUAAAUGCAUAGCAAAUAAUCUAUGCUUUAAUGUGCCUUUAAUAAAUAUAAACUAAUAUUCUCAGGGCCGGAUUUAAACUUUUAGAUGCCCGGGGCAAUUCUUUUUUUGAGGUCCUUAGCAGUAAAAAAAUUAGAAAUACCCAAUAUCAAAAUAGUUAAGAAAAAAAAAAACAUUUGCAAACUUGGACGUUAUAACUUUCUACCUACAAUGUGUUUAUUUUAAGUUUGUAAUACUGCAUUCAUGUAUCACAAAUUUCAAAAUUAAUUUAAAUAUAGCAAUAUUUUAAGAGUAAAACUAGGUAUAUUAAUCUCAUAGUGAAGGUUUUAUUUAUUUAAUUUAUUUAACACCCCAAAGGGGUAAUGAGUAUAGAAUAUUAUUAUAUAUUACAUAAAUACUUAAAACUUUAAAACUAUUGAAAUACAAUCACUUCAAUACAAUAUCCUUAAUUCAACAAGCGAAUAAAAACAAAAUUAACAACAUACUGUUACCAUGAACCAAAAGUUUCUCCUGACGAUUAGCAAUUGAGUUACUUUAUGUAUUAAAAUUUUGAAAUUAAAUUUUCACAUUGUUACAUUCAUAAUUUCAAAACCAAAAUAACGGACAUCGCACAAUAGAUGCAACCACUGUUAUUGGUGAGAAGUUGGCUAGCUAGGAUAAAUAAUUGCUUACAAAAAAAGGAUUCUGAGCGGAGUUCAGUUGAUAGUGAUGCUUUGUCAACAAUAUAUAUAUAUACCAUUUUAUGGUAAAAUAAUUAAAUAGGCAUUAUAUAUUUUCUUUUAUAAUAUUUGUUUAAUAUUGUUCCGAUUUUCCUAUGUUUUUUCAUAUUUACUGGAAAAACUUGAAAAAAUUGAAAAAUGACCUCCCUAAAGUGUACCUCUUCAUUCGGAUUUCAUUUUAGAAAAAGUGCUAUCAUUGUAAAUCUAAGUAAAAUUACUGGUAAAAAAGUUGUCCCCACCGGAAAAAAAAAUCAUAAUAUUUAACUAACAUAUUUUGUACAUUUUCCAGUUUUUUACAUUUGAUGAGAAAACUGAGAAAAUUUUCUUUCAGAAAAGGUUCUACAUCAUAUACAUCAAAGUAAACUUACUGAUAAAAACAGUGUGCACAUAAAAAUAAAAAUAAUAAACAUUUUUGUAAAACCAAUACAUUCUUCGCUUAACUCAGAAUCUAAAAAACAAAAUGUAACUACGCAUACACAACUUCACGAAACGAAACACAUGCAUGCACCCAACAGUUCGAUCACUGGACACUGAACGAGUGAAUUGGCUGUUAAAUGUUUAUUCAUUUCAUUCAAAAAUAAAUCACAUAACCACACAAACGUUUAUACCUAUAUACUAAAAUAUUUUGUGUUUGCUGGAUUGCCAUUAUGUUGUCAUGUGAAAUCUUGAUAUAUUAAUUUGCAACCCAAAUCAUAUAAAUAUACAAAUCAAUCUUUAUUUUUUGAAGUCUAUAUAUUUUUUCCAUGCAUUUCCUAAGCCAAGGGUCAACAAGUUUUAAAUUUUUCAUAUAGUAUUCCAGUACCUGGAUGCUCCCAAACAUCUACUGCCCAGGAUAAGUGUCCUUAAUAUCCCUCCAUCAAAUACGGCCAUGAAUAUGGUUUUAAUAAGCUGUUACUUCUUAAUUUCUGCUAAGAUUUAUUAUGAUACUCAAUAUGAAAAUAUAAGUAUUAUUAUUAAUUUAUUACUAAUUAAGUAAAAUUAGGUAAUAAUAUUAAAUAAGUGGCGGGUAAAUUAAAGGUUACUUACCCAGAAAUACUUGUAUUUCUUGUGUAAGCAUUUGUAUUAAACAAAUAAAGACAUUUUUAGUAUUAUCAAUGUAUACAAAUCAAAUACCUAUAAACCCAUUACAAUUCAAGUACAAUUCAGAACAAACUUAAUAACUUAAUAAUUUAGUAAAAUUGAAUUUUAUUUUAUUUUUUUUAUUUUUUUUAGGAAAAAAUAGAUAAUUUGCCGAAAGAAAGAAGACCAUUUAGUAGAGAAAUCGAUCUGCAAAGUAAUAAAUUCGACAAUGCCCAGAAACAAUCCAUAUUGAAAAAAGCUAGUCAGCUUAAUAAUAGAUUUUCACAAGGUGAAUCAAGGUUUCUUUGA